AUGGAUCAGUCCGCGCCCGCCGCCCCUGACUCCCCCGGUGAAUCCCCGCCAGCUCUGAACCCUUCGCCAGCACUGAAUCUGAGUCCUCCACCAGUGAAUACCCGCCAGCACUCUGAACCCUUCGCCAGCAGUGAAUCCUUCUCCAUCUGUAAUCCUUUCCGCAGUGAAUCCUUCUCCAGCAGUGAACCCUUCGCCAGCACUGACUCCUCCAACAGUGAAUCCUUCUCCAGCAGUGAAUCCUUCUCCAACAGUGAAUCCUUCUCCAACAUGAAUCCUUCUCCACCAGUGAAUCCCCCACCAGCACUGAACCCUUCGCCCCUUCGCCAGCACCGAAUCCUUCUCCAGCAGCGAAUCCCCUCCACCAGUGAAUCCGUCUCCAAUAUUGAGUCCUUCUCCACCAGUGAAUCCUUCUCCAUUAGUGAGUCCUUCUCCACCAGUGAAUCCGUCUCCAAUAGUGAGUCCUUCUCCAGCAGUGAAUCCCCCACCUGCACUGAACCCUUCGCCCCUCCGUCAGCACCGAAUCCCCCGCCUAGACCCCCGCCGCUCCGGAACUCGCAGGGAACUCUCGGAGGACUCCCCUGGAAGCUCGUAAAGGACUCGGCAGGAACUCCGGGAUCGCCGGGCCCUCCGCUGGUCCUGCCCCGCGUGGCCCACCGCACUCCACGGCGCUCUGUUGUUAAUUAA